AUGCCACGCCAGAGAGUCACAGACCUCAGCAGAUAUCUGUUUGCCGGCCGCAUCUCGCCACACGGUUGCUUGAAUGCGCGUCAUACAGUGACACCGGCGCUUUUUGCCCGAUCCGCCGCCGCUGCGUACACAAUCGCGCCGACAGCGCAUCGAGUCAGAAACCUCCACGACGCACCGCAUGCCGCGACACCUACACCCGAUCCUCCGCAACCCAACUUUCGCAAGAAGCUCAAGGACGAGGCCAAGCUGGCCAAGAAGCACGGCAAGAAAAGGGCCAAGUCGGACAACCAGACCGUGGACGGCUGGGAACUCACCGUCGGUAUCGAGAUUCACGCGCAGCUCAACAGCCCGCGCAAGCUCUUUUCGUCGGCCCAGACCUCGUUCAACGACGACCCCAAUAGCCAUGUCGCGCUCUUUGACGUGGCCAUGCCGGGCAGCCAGCCGCGCUUCCAAAAGGAGACGCUGAUUCCCGCUCUCCGCGCCGCCCUCUCGCUCAACUGCGACAUCCAACAGCUCAGUCGCUUCGAUCGCAAACACUACUUCUGGUGGGAUCAGCCCUCGGGCUAUCAGAUCACGCAGUACUAUCAGCCGUUCGCCAAGUAUGGACACAUAAUGCUGUUGGCCAGGGACGGUAUUGCAGCCGAGGAUGGCGAGAGUGUGACUGUUAGCAUCAAGCAAGUCCAGCUUGAGCAGGAUACGGCAAAGACGCUGGCUCAAGUGGGCAACACUCAGUGGCUUGAUUUCAACCGUGUCGGCGUGCCUCUGAUCGAAAUUAUUACGGAACCCGAGAUGCAUCAUCCUCGAACGGCGGCUGUCUUCGUGCGAAAAAUCCAGCUUCUUCUGAAUACGGUCGAUGCCUGUGUAUCAGGUAUGGAGGCCGGUGGUCUGCGCGCAGAUGUCAACGUCUCGGUGCGCAGAACUGGAGAUGCCAACGUCCCACUUGGAACACGAACGGAAAUCAAGAACCUGAGUACCGUCAAAUCUGUUGAAGACGCCAUCAUCGCGGAACGAGACCGACAAAUCCGCGUGCUGGAAGCUGGCGGUGUCAUUGCCGGUGAAACUCGCGGCUGGGCUGUUGGCUCAACAGAGACCCGUAGGCUGCGUGGCAAAGAGGGCGAGGUCGACUACCGAUACAUGCCAGAUCCUGACAUUGAGCCGCUCAUCAUUGGCAAUGACUUGGUCCGGCAUUUGCAGGAGUCGCUUGCGGUGCUCCCUGACAAGGAACUCGACAGUCUAGUGGCUGACUACGGUCUCACAGCCAAAGAUGCGCUCUCUCUUAUUACGCUCGACAAUGGUGCUCGAGUCCAGUAUUUUUACCGUCUCCUCGACAUGCUCGGCGAAAUCUUACAGAGCUCGGGCACGAAGCCCGACUUUAAAAGUUAUGCUACCCUCGUCGGCAACUGGGUUAUUCACGAGCUCGGCCGUCUCACGACGUACAAGGCCGGGCCGCUCGCGUCCGGCGAGCUCACCUUUUCGCAGGAGGGCGAGUGUGCCCAAGUUCCUGCGCGCGACCUAUCUCAGCUCCUGCAUCACCUUUAUCAGAAGCAAAUCACCGGCAAGGUGGCCAAGGAGCUUCUUGUCGCCAUUUAUCUUGGGGAAAUGGGCGACGGCGACGUGACUUUGGCCAUUGACACGAAUAAUCUAUGGUUCCACGAGCUGUCGCAGGACGAGUAUGUCGCGAUUGCGGAGGAGGCGAUGCAAGGUGAAGACAAGGUCCUGCGCGAGUUUGUGAGCUAUGACAAGUUUCCGCAGGGCAAGCUCAUGUUCCUGGUGGGUAAGAUGAUGCGUCUAGGCCCGACCGAGAGGAUAGAUCCAUCCACGGCGGAGAGCGUCAUGCGUGCCAAGCUCGAUGGCCUACGUGCCAAUUAG